UUGUUUCCUGCAAGGCUCGGGAUUUGGGUUUCUGAUUGCGGUUAUUUCCAUGUUUCUAGGUUUGUGUGAUUUUGCUAAAAUGCAUCACCAACAGCGAAUGGCUGCCUUAGGGACGGACAAAGAACUCAGUGAUUUACUGGAUUUCAGUGCGAUGUUUUCACCUCCUGUCAGCAGUGGGAAGAAUGGGCCAACUUCUUUGGCGAGUGGACACUUUAGUGGCUCAAAUGUAGAAGACAGAACUAGCUCAGGGUCCUGGGGGAAUGGAGGACAUCCUAGCCCAUCCAGGAACUACGGAGAUGGACCUUCUUAUGAACAUAUGACAAACAGGGACCUUGGAUCACAUGACAAUCUAUCUCCUCCUUUUGUGAAUUCCAGAAUACAAAGUAAAACAGAAAGAAGCUCUUAUUCAUCAUAUGGACGAGACUCAAAUCUUCAAGGUUGCCAUCAGCAAAGUCUCCUUGGAGGUGACAUGGAAAUGGGCAAUCCGGGAACUCUUUCUCCUACCAAACCUGGUUCUCAGUACUAUCAGUAUUCUAGCAAUAAUCCGCGAAGGAGGCCUCUGCACAGCACUUCUGUUGAAGUACAAACAAAGAAAGUUCGGAAAGUUCCUCCGGGUUUACCAUCUUCAGUUUAUGCCCCUUCUGCAAGCACUGCCGAUUACAAUCGGGAUUCGCCCGGCUAUCCAUCCUCAAAACCACCAGCCAGCACUUUUCCUAGUUCUUUCUUCAUGCAAGACGGCCACCACAGCAGCGAUCCGUGGAACUCAUCCAGUGGAAUGAAUCCUCCUGGAUAUGGAGGCAUGUUGGGCAAUUCAUCUCAUAUUCCACAGUCCAGUAGCUAUUGCAGUCUCCAUCCUCAUGACCGCUUGAGCUACCCAUCACACUCUUCAGCAGACAUCAAUUCCAGUCUUCCUCCAAUGUCCACUUUCCAUCGCAGUGCCACAACCCAUUACAGUGCUUCUUCCUGUACACCUCCGGCAAAUGGAACAGAAAGUAUAAUGGCAAACAGAGGAAGCGGAGCUGCAGGAAGUUCACAGACAGGCGAUGCGCUGGGGAAAGCACUUGCAUCUAUUUACUCUCCAGAUCAUACCAACAACAGCUUUUCAUCAAACCCUUCAACUCCUGUGGGUUCACCCCCUUCUCUCUCAGCAGGAACAGCUGUUUGGUCUAGAAAUGGAGGGCAAGCAUCAUCAUCUCCAAAUUAUGAAGGUCCCUUACAUUCUUUGCAAAGCCGAAUCGAAGACCGCUUGGAAAGACUGGAUGAUGCUAUUCAUGUUCUCCGGAACCAUGCAGUGGGACCUUCAACUGCCAUGCCUGGUAGUCAUAGUGACCUCCAUAGCUUAAUAGGCCCUUCUCAUAAUGGAGCUAUGGGAGGCCUUGGAUCAGGAUACGGGACAGGCCUUCUUUCAGCCAAUAGACAUUCGCUAAUGGUUGGGGCUCAUCGUGAAGAUGCCGUUGGCCUCCGUGGCAGCCAUUCACUUGUGCCAAACCAAGUUCCUGUCCCACAGCUGCCAGUGCAGUCUGCAACAUCUCCUGACUUAAACCAGCCUCCGGAUCCUUACCGAGGGAUGCCAACUGGACUUCAAGGGCAAAGCAUAUCUUCAGGGAGUUCUGAAAUCAAAUCUGAUGACGAAGGAGAGGAGAACCUCCAGGACUCGAAAUCUUCCGACGACAAGAAGUUAGACGAUGACAAGAAGGAUAUCAAAUCAAUUACUAGGUCAAGAUCUAGCAAUAAUGACGACGAAGAUCUUACUCCGGAACAAAAAGCAGAGCGUGAGAAGGAAAGAAGAAUGGCCAACAAUGCCCGUGAGCGCCUGCGCGUCCGUGACAUCAAUGAGGCUUUCAAAGAGCUGGGCCGGAUGGUGCAGCUCCAUCUAAAAAGCGACAAGCCCCAGACCAAACUUUUAAUCUUACAUCAAGCUGUAGCAGUUAUCCUCAGUUUAGAGCAGCAAGUCAGAGAAAGAAAUCUGAAUCCUAAAGCAGCGUGUUUGAAAAGAAGGGAAGAAGAGAAAGUAUCUUCAGACCCUCCUCCGCUUUCUUUGGCAGGACCUCAUCCUGGAAUGGGAGACACAUCUAAUCAUAUGGGGCAGAUGUAAAAAAGAAAAGAAAAACGGUCCAAGUUGCCACAUUUUCUUCAUGUAAACCAGAGACUACUUCCUUAAACAGCUGUAUUAUCUUAAAAAAAAAACAUAUAAACACUUAACCCUUCCUCCCCCCUCCUUUUUUUUGUAAUAUAAUAAGACAAGUCUGAGUAGUUACGAAUCACAGACGCAAGAGAUUUCAGCAUUCCUGAUUUUGAAAUAAAGGGGAAAAAAAAGUGCAACUUGAGGGGACAACCUCUUUUCAACAUAUCAUUCGGAAUGUUUUCAAGCAGUAUGUUGACAGCUGUCAGUGCACAGCCAGGAGACUGAAUGGCAAUCUUCUCCACACUGUGGGACAAUGCAUUUGUGCCUAAACUUCUUUUGGAAAAAAAAAAUAUAAUUAAUUUGUAAGUCUGAAAAAAAAAUAUUUAAUUUAAAAAUUGUAAACUUGCAAUAAUGAAAAGUGUACUUCUGAAGAAAAAAAAAUGAACGUUUUCAUUGGUGUACUAGUCAGCUAGUAUUUAUACUUACUGGAUAUUAAAAAGGGAAGCUCCGCUACCCUAAUAUUUACAAAACCAGCAAACGUCCUAAUGAAAACUGAAGUAAUGACAUUAGCCAUUCCUUAGGGUAGGAGGAACAGAUGGAUCUUAUAGACCUAUGACAAAUACAAAACACAUGGACACAAACACACAUAUAUAAAUAUUAUAUAAAUAUAUAUAUAAAUUUAUAUAUAUAUAUAUAAAUUAGUGACUAUGGUAAGCUUUGUUCAUUGGUUUCCGACUUUUUUGCUCCUGUAAAAAAAAAAAAACAAAGAAAAAACAAAGUACGGAUUCACUUUUUUUAAGAAAAAAAAAGAUUUUACUGUAAAUAAGUUUUUUGUUUCUGUUGACGUCUUCUUUCUCUUCCCCCAUGGCCCCUUCAGUUCCUUAUUGUAACCUGUAGUGCCAGCUCUGCUGCUGGAGGGGCCGUCCAGGAUAAACUCUGACCCCAAGGUUGCUUAUCAUGCCUACCGAAAAGUAGCAAGCGAUCUCUUGAGUCCUUUGGGGGAGAAUACGGGACUAGAUGAGGUAUGCCGAUAAGCGUAAGCAGCUUUGCAGAGACCUCCAGCCCCCCCCCCUCUCUCAAGGCAGAUCGGGACUACCCAGAAUGCUGGGAUGUGGGUUAGGAAUUCUGGGGCGGCUCUAGUCCCUACCCUACAAGUCAACACGAGUUUUUUUUGGGGGGGGGGGAAUGACCCAGGCAAUCAAAUUUUGGGGUGGAGAAUUCUAAAUCACAACUCUUGCUCUCAUUAUACCCUAUUUCUAAGAUGUUCAGAGGUACAAGGUUAGAAUGCUACAAUGUUACCACUGUGCCUUCUAAUGUUUAUAUCAUCAAAAAAAAAAUGUAACAUAAUCAAAGGUGGCUGUGAUUUAACAAACCAGUAGAAAUGUUAAAUUAAUGUGUGUAGCUUAAAUACAAUAUGCACCGAGGCGUUUCAGAAUACAUGGUCAAAGGUGGGAUGGGGAGGAGAGUUGCUAGUUGUACGAGAGUUUGGAAAAAAAGAAAACAUUUUCAAGGGUAUUCCUGAAAGAUUGACCAUAUACUUACUGCCUCUUCCGUUCAUUUAAAGAAAAUAUGCCAAUAUCCAACUGUCACACAGCAUUAGAACAAGCCUUACCCGUUCUAAAGCAUUAAGUUGCACUUUUAUUAAAAGAGGAGGGAGUCGAACAGUAUUUUUCUGGCCAGUAUGAACCAAGUUUUUACUUAACGCAUAUACAUUAUAGCAAGUAUUAGAUCAAGCUUAUGACACAGCAACUCAUCCAGUGAUUGGAUUUCAGGGCAUCUAAGCAAGCACCCACAGUGAAUCUUCCAAAGAUUUACUUUGGGAGACAGAACAAUUAACUGACAUUGCUCCCAAUUCAGUCUUUGUCAGCAUCUUUUUGUUUCAAGCUUCUGAUUUAUUUAUUUUUUUUAAAAAAUAGCCACGCAAACUUGGCAUGUUAUUUUUAAACAGAAUCUCCCGGUUUGAAUCGAUUUUCCACCUAUCAGCACUGAGUAAAUGCCAUAUACCCAUUGAAAACGGUCUAGACUUUCCAUCUGUUCUCCUGUUUUGCCAGUUACAUAGUAAUGAAAAAAAAUACAUUUGUAAAUUUUAUGCAACAAAAUGGCAAACGUAUCAUUAUUUUGAAAUUGUGUAUGUAAAAGUUAUAUUUUUACAUGUAGACUCUUGUUAUUAUGUGUUUUAAUACAUUGUAUCAAACUUUUGUUUUUUUUUAAACUGUGUGGUUGAAACAAAAUCUCAUUUAAAUGAAAUAGUGAGAAAUAAGAAUCUUAAUUUUAUGUUACUGAAAAACAUAAAGAACAAAUAUGGUAGUUUGCCAUCUGAACCACCCUCUCCAUAUCCAUAAACAUUUUGAUUACCUAUGUGUGUUGAAAAUUGUAAAUAUGUUCAGUAGCAGUAAAACUUUUAAAAAAUACUAUUAUUUGUUAAUAGGUUUCUCAAAUGUGGAGGUGGAUUAAGCUCAUAAUAGAGCAGAGACUAUGUAAGUUGAAAUCAGAACAAGAAAUGACUAUUUCAUUGCAGAUGCCAUACUUCUAAUAGAAUAUGUUUAGAUGAAAAUGUUUGUCUUAAACCUAAUUCUUUUAGUGCUGGUAUUCUAAACAUUGGAGGAUUCUCUUUUAAUUGACCAGUUAUUAAUAUAGUUUAGGAUUAAAGUUUUUUUAUAAAAAA